AUGUUCCUGACAAUGGCACCUGCAUGCCUAUCCAAAUUAUGGGCCUGGCUCUUCAUUGGGUUUCUGUGCGUGAUAGGCUAUAAUGGCAUGCUACAGUUUGCUGCAGCCACAAUACAAGGAUACAUUGAAGACAUGGACAUGCCAUGCCCAUCAGUAUGCAGGUGUGAUGAGGACUUUAUCUACUGCAAUGAUCGCGGGCUAAGCUCUAUCCCAUCACUGCCUCCUUCUGCGUCUGUCCUCUAUCUUCAGAACAACCACAUAAACAACCCUGGCCUUCCCAUUUCCUUGGAGCACCAUCUUUCAGUCCGUGUCGUCUACCUCUAUGAUAAUGAACUGGAUGAAUUUCCCAUGCACCUGCCACCAUCUGUGCGUGAGUUGCAUUUGCAGGAUAACAACAUUCGCACUAUUCCUCGUACUACGCUGGCUCGGAUGCCCUUGUUAGAAAAGCUCCACUUGGACGACAACUCCAUUUCCACUGUCUCUAUUGAGGAUCAGGCCUUUGCUGACAACCCACGGCUGCGCUUACUUUUUCUGUCACGCAACCAUUUGUCUAGUAUUCCCUCAGGACUACCUGCCUCUUUGGAAGAACUUCGACUAGAUGAUAACCGGAUCUCUACUAUCCCAACCCAUGCCUUCAGAGGCCUCAGCUCACUUAGAUGUCUUGUUUUAGAUGGAAACCUUUUGGCAAACCAGCGCAUAGCAGAUGACACAUUCUCCCGCCUUUCUAACUUGACCGAGUUGUCCUUAGUGCGCAACACCCUCCAAACACCUCCUGUCAACCUGCCCAGUACACAUUUACAGAGACUGUCUCUGCAAGAUAAUGCCCUGACACAUAUGCCACGUGGAUCUUUGGAUGGGAUGCACCGGUUGCAGAGGUUGGACCUAUCAGGAAAUAACCUGACUACACUACCAAGAGGACUCUUCAAAGACCUUGACAACCUUGGCCAGCUGCUGGUGCGAGGAAAUCCUUGGCACUGUGGCUGCAAUUUGCGAUGGCUGUAUGACUGGUUGCGUGUUCGUGGUAACUCCAUCACUGUCAGAGGACUCAUUUGCCAUGGACCUGACAGGGUGCGAGACAUAGCUUUGAUUGACUUGACCAGUGAGAUGGAAGACUGUGAAGUAUUGAGGAUAACAGCAACUAAAGACAAAGGGGCUGUAGGGGGAGUUGAGAGCUCUACCACCAAUGCACCUCCGCAGGGUUCUCUCUUCACACUUCGUUCAAAAAGACUCGGUCUAGGGCUUCCAGACUCUGCCUUAGACUACACGCUUAGUAGCAGUGGUGUGGGGAAGAGCUUGGCUCUAAAUGUUAAACCUCUGACUCACAACAGCAUCCGUGUUACCUGGAGUGUGGCUCAGCCAAGCUCCUCUUUCAGGUUGAGCUGGCUCCGACUUGGUACUGGGAAUGCCAUGGGAUCCAUUACAGAGACCCUUGUUAGGGGCGAUCGUCGAGAAUAUUUGCUUACCUCCCUGCAACCACGCUCCAGCUACAUCAUCUGCAUGGUGCCACUGCCUGCAAGCUCAGAAAGCAAAGUCACGAUUUCCGGGGAUGCUGACUCAGAUGAAGCUGUAGUUUGUGCAAAAGCUGAAACAUCUGACCUUAUUCCACUGGAAGAGGAGGAUGACAAAUCACAUCAGAUUACAACUCUACCCCUUGCAGGGAUCAUUGGCGGAGCUACUGCAACCGUAUCUCUAGCUCUUAUUUUUGGCGUCUUUUGUUGGUAUGCACAUAGAACUGGCCAUUUAUGUUCCCGUGACCACUAUACUCGCAGUAAUUCAAGAAAAAGCAAAAACUAUGAUGAUUAUAUUGAGUCUGGCACCAAGAAGGAUAAUACCAUUCUAGAGAUUCGUAGCCCAGGCUUCCAGAUGACACCUAUGCCAGCAUGCCAGCCAGUACAGCCAAAACCCUUACGAGAGGAUUACAUCAUUCAUACAAUAUUCCCCUCCAAUGGCACUGGCUUAUACAAAGGAUCAAACCAUGUUUCCAAUGCUGAACAUGUCACCAACCGUGGCUACAGAGAAGGAGGCAUCCCAGAUAUAGACUAUUGCUACACAUGAUGUACUGUAACUGAUGCUGUUCGUAGUGUAAUUGGUAAACUGUAUAGAUGCAC